UCUAACAAUAAUACAUAUAUAAACAUAAAAUACGUUACUAAUCCAAAUAUAUCCCAUGUGAGAUAAAGAGAAUCACAAAGAAAAUACUAUAUAUUUGUUACUAUAACAAAUAUAUUCCAUUAUACACCUAAAUAAAUCGAUCCGUCGGUGAUCAUUUUACAUGUACCCACAUGCUAGCAACUCACUAAUAUAAUUUCAUCAAACUAUACUAUAGUAUUAUCUUUUUUGGUACCAUCCAAAUAUUCCAAUUCGUCCUCAUCUCCAACUAUAUCUCUCCAACCAAAACAAUUUAUUCCCCUAUGUCUCAAGUUUUGAUUUCGAGUUGGUAAGCUCCUUUCACUUCAGCAUGUUAGAUCAAAGAAGAAGUUUCUCAUUCAGUUCAUCUGAUUGCAAUUCUUCGAAUAAUAGUGCUAGUCUCUUUUCAUCAUCUACUGAUGAUUUUUUCGCGAGUAAUUUCAUUAUGUAUGAUACGGAGGAUGAUGAUGGUGAUAAUGAUGAUGGAGCGUACAUAGAAAUAAACCUUGAUCCACCGCGAAAAAUGGUGCUCGAGGAUAAGGAAUUUAAGAAUUCUAAUUCUUCAGAGAUGGAGUUGAGGAUAUCUUUUUCAUCAACCGGAAUUCCCCCAACAACGACGACGACAACAACAACAACAUGUGGUACCACACAACAUGCAUACGGAACAACAACAACAACAACAACAACAACGACUAAGCCAAGGAGGGGACGCCUUUUCGUAUCGUUGGCUCGCAUUGUAAAUGAGUUUAUAGCUGCAUCUUCCGUCAAGACAUCAAGUUCAGUUAGAGCAAUAGAAGCUAAUAAUAAUGUUGCCCAUGAAAAUGGACCUGCUCAUGUCCUGCCACUCUCUAAAUCUGACGGCGCGGAGAUCAUACGGACCAGAAAUGAUUGCACUAUAGUUCCUUCAAAGAACAAUGGCAUCAUGAACUUUAUAGUAAAAUUGAAGUACAAAAAUAUUCCAUCAAUGUUAAUUUCAAUGGUAACACCCAAACCUAAAAACGGACAAAUACGCGCCAGACAACCCUUGCUACAACGAGGGCGCAGUAGCACCAGCAGAGGCAAGGAUCCAAUGAACAACAACAAUAAUUAUCUGAUGAAACAAAAAACUCGCAAUCAUUCAGAUCUUAAUCAUCAAGAUAUCAACCACAACAAAUCAACAUCGGGGAUAAUAAACUUUAAGGCAAUGAGAGGAGUAUUAGACGCUCUUAUUGUCAAAACUAGUCGUUAUUGCACGAGUGCAACAACAACAGGGGGAUUAUUAUCUGGCAAUAAGCAGAAUAGCAGUAAAAGUUGUCCGAGUUCUAUUAAAUCGUCACCAUUGCAUAGCAAUGUCUGUGAUGAUGACGUUAGAAAAUUUUACUCGAGGGAUAAUUCUGUUCAAGCAGCCAUUGCUCAUUGUAAGAAAUCAUUUGGAACACAAGCUGAAUUUGAUUUUCAUAUUUGACAGUGUUCUCUUAAUUGAGAUGAUUUUUGUAUAUAUAUAAUAAAAGGUUGAGUAAAGGUCCAUAGUGGCCAAUGGA